GGUUCCUGAAUGUUUUUCUAUUUAAGUGCCCAUUUUAAAUGCCUGCUUACUCAAUCUACCUUUUACGCUAAUUUCUAGAAGGCAAUAUUGAAUGUAGCGUAUAGAUAGAGAAAAAUUUUAAUGCUUUUCAGAUCAAAGAUGUUGCCUCACACAGUUUUGGAACCAUUACCAUAAAUCAUCUGACAAAUAUCUUACAUCUAUUUCUGUUUAAUUUUCAUGAUAUUUUCAGGUAGAGAAAAUGUAUUCAAAGUCAUUUGAUCAGAGAGAAGAAGCCAUGAAAGAAUUGCAAAUUUUUUUGGAAAAAUAUCAAAAAAAAGGGAAAUUUCAUCCACCAAGUGACAUUAUCAAAGGAGCUGCAUUUCUCCUACAAAAAGCCCUUUGUGACAAAGUGGUUUCAAUAUAUACUGCUGCAUUAAGCAUUCUUGCUUAUUGCUUUCAAACAUUCAUUCCAACUCAUCAAGCCUCUAAAGUGGAUGCAUCAUUUCUUGUUGAGCAGAGUAUGCCAGAAAUAAUUAAUAAAUUGGGUGACACAGUAAGUAUAAAAUAUUCAUUGGUUUGUUGGUAAAUUUAAUGACUAAGAGGUUUAUAUAAGAUCUU